CAUGACUGAUGGCCAAACGUGGUGGUUCACACCAGUAAUCCCAAUACUUUGCCGGGCUGAGGCGGGAGGAUAAGGAGCCGGGGAGGUCGAGGCUGCAGUGAGCAGUAAUCGCGCCACUGCACUCCAGCCUGGGCGACGCAGCAAGACCCUCGCUCUAAAUAAAUAAAUAAAUAAAAUUCCAUGCUUUAUUUAACUUUCACAAAAAUCAUAUGAGGGGCACCUUUAGAACCCUCAUUUCACAGAUUUAAGAAAACGAGCGUCGGGGAGCUAAAUAAUAUGCUCACGGUUUCAUGGCUAGCUUAGAAAAAGCACGGAUUUAUUUUGUUUUUGAUUGACUGUAUUUCAUUUUAUUGUAGUUUACCCUCCGUAGAGACUCGUUUGAGGUCCUGGGGGUCUAGAGUAAAAUCAGGGUUGGGAUUUUGGUUCCGCCGUUGGACAAGUUGCGACCACUCAGAGCCUCAGCCUCCCUAAGCACCCAUCCCAGAAACUACAUUUCCCAGCAGGGCGUGCGCCGGCGCCGUCGUACUUCCUCCCGGCGUCCCCCGCGGCGGGAAAGAGCCGAGUGGGCUCGAGGCCGACGCGACCAUCGUUUGUCGACGCCGCUGCCACUGCUUGCCUGAGAGAAGCCGUCGCGGCCGACCCCGUCGCCUCCGCCGGCUACCAUGUCCGCCCAGGCGCAGAUGCGGGCCCUGUUGGACCAGCUCAUGGGCACGGCUCGGGACGGAGACGAAACCAGACAGAGGGUCAAGUUUACAGAUGACCGUGUCUGCAAGAGUCACCUUCUGGACUGCUGCCCCCAUGACAUCCUGGCUGGGACGCGCAUGGAUUUAGGAGAAUGUACCAAAAUCCACGACUUGGCCCUCCGAGCAGAUUAUGAGAUUGCAAGUAAAGAAAGAGACCUGUUUUUUGAACUGGAUGCAAUGGAUCACUUGGAGUCCUUUAUUGCGGAAUGUGAUCGGAGAACUGAGCUCGCCAAGAAGCGGCUGGCAGAAACACAGGAGGAAAUCAGUGCGGAAGUUUCUGCAAAGGCAGAAAAAGUACACGAGUUAAAUGAAGAAAUAGGAAAACUCCUUGCUAAAGCCGAACAGCUAGGGGCUGAAGGUAAUGUGGAUGAAUCCCAGAAGAUUCUUAUGGAAGUGGAAAAAGUUCGUGCAAAGAAAAAAGAAGCCGAGGAAGAAUACAGAAAUUCCAUGCCUGCAUCCAGUUUUCAGCAGCAAAAGCUGCGUGUCUGCGAGGUCUGUUCAGCCUACCUUGGUCUCCAUGACAAUGACCGUCGCCUGGCAGACCACUUCGGUGGCAAGUUACACUUGGGUUUCAUUCAGAUACGAGAGAAGCUUGAUCAGUUGAGGAAAACUGUUGCUGAAAAGCAGGAGAAGAGAAAUCAGGAUCGCUUGAGGAGGAGAGAGGAGAGGGAACGGGAGGAGCGUCUGAGCAGGAGGUCGGGAUCAAGAACCAGAGAUCGCAGGAGGUCACGCUCCCGGGAUCGGCGUCGGAGGCGGUCAAGAUCUACCUCCCGAGAGCGACGGAAGUUGUCCCGGUCCCGGUCCCGAGAUAGACAUCGGCGCCACCGCAGCCGUUCCCGGAGCCACAGCCGGGGACAUCGUCGGGCUUCCCGGGACCGGAGUGCGAAAUACAAGUUCUCCAGAGAGCGGGCAUCCAGAGAGGAGUCCUGGGAGAGCGGGCGGAGCGAGCGAGGGCCCCCGGACUGGAGGCUUGAGAGCUCCAACGGGAAGAUGGCUUCACGGAGGUCAGAAGAGAAGGAGGCCGGCGAGAUCUGAACCCAUCUCCCGGGUGCUGUAAAUAGUCUGAUAAACGUUCACACAGUCUAAAAUUACCCUUUAUAUUUGCUGAAUACAACUCAUCUUUUGUAGUUUAAAAUUUCUAUUGUUUUGGAGCUAGCUGUGAGUUUCUAGAAUUGUACAGAGUUGCUCCUGUGUUCUGGGGUCAUGUUGAGUAGGAAUAAAUAAAUCUGAUGACUGCC